UGAAGAAAUCACUGCAGUCAAUUCUUGAAGAGAAACAUUAUGAUUAAAUAGUUCAGAUGUUAUUGGAGAUCAGCUGUGCCCAUUAAUACACUUUUCCCAUUAAUUAUGAUGAAACUGAUGUUUUCAAUGGGACUUUAGGGGAUAAUUAAUGGAUAAUGGACGCACCUCUAGCUGGCGUGUAUUGUGCUGUGAUGGAUUCUGCGCAGCCCUGCUUGCCAAGCAAGAUAAUAAACACAAAAGAGGGAGGGGAAAAUACAAUAAACAAAACAAAAGUAAAUGGAUAAUAAUACAAACUUGUUUAAAUUCCUGAGUUAUGAUGAGUAAUGGCCAGAAAAGUGUUUUUGCGGAACAUCAUGAUGUCAUAGUGAAGUUGACCAUAUCCAUGUGGAUAUAAAAUCCUAUCAGACAUUUGAGUGAAAUUUUGUCAGAAUUAACGCAUGAAUUCCUGAUUUAUGGUUUGUAAGGUUAAAGUGAUCUUUGACUACCAAAUUCUGAUCAGUUCUUUCUUGAGUCCAAGUGGAUGUUUGUGCCAAAUUUAAGGAAAUUUCCUUAAAACCUCCAUGAAAGAUUGCAUUCACAAGAAUGAGAGGGAUACAAGGUCACAGUGACCUUUACCUUUGAUCAGUGAAUACUAUUCAGUUCAUUGUUGUGUGCAAGUGGACGUUUGUGCCAAAUUUGAGGAAAUUCCCUCAAGGUGUUCCUAAGAGACCACAUUUACAAAAAUGAUAGAUGAGGUCACAGUGACCUUUGACCACCAAAUUCUAAUCAGUUUAGUUAGCGGAAGUUUGUGCCAAACUUUAAGAACGUCCCUCAAGAUGUCUUGAGCUCGUGGGUUCACAAGAAAAAGAUGGACGCACAGCUGUGCGGACAACCCAAAAACAUAAUGCCUGGUCAUGGCUUCCACUGGCUUAGAGGCACACAAGAAAAAGAGUUCCCAUUGACACAUGCAGCUUUAUAGUGACUUGCCAUGUGAAGACAAAGGCAACAAGACAGAAACUGAAGCAGCAGGGAGAUCUCAACACAUUAACAAUGAUCAAGCCAGCAUGCUAUAAGAAACAAUGUGUCACUGUUAAACCUGUAAAUAACUGAAAUGGUUAGGGGGAGCACAACUCAACUUCUACACCUGAGAGACAUCUGACAAUAUAUUCUAGUUCCUAUUCAGAGGACUUGAAAUGUGCACAAACAGUUUGUACACCUACCUACUGACUGACAGCUGCAGCAGAAGAAAGUGCGCAGCAGUUUCAGAAACAAAAGAACUUUGAAGACUAACUUUGGAAGAAGUCCACUUAAUUUGUUUAUUUUAACAGCUUUACAAGAACAUUUUUGCAUGAAAUAAGUACUGAAAAAUUUGUCCCCAUUUACUUAUACUGAAAGCGCAUAAGGAAGGGAUCUUUUAUUACCCAACUCAAGUAAGAAGAUGCAGUGAAUUUUGAGCCCCUGGUGUGUUUUCCUUUAUUUUCAGCUUUGUAAAUAUUCUCCAGAUUGUUCUAUCUCAUUUCAUUAUCCAAAAAAAAAAAAAAGCAAAUAAAUACAAAAGCAAUGUCUUUUCCUAAAAAGCUAUUUUAUUCAUGAAAUGUAUCUUCAAGAAGAUAAAACUUAACGUAAUGACUUGAUUUUAAUUGUGUUUAAAAUUGAUUUAAAACAAACAAAAAACAACAUGACAAAUAACUACACAUUGCUGUCCCAUUAUUUACAUACCAAAUUACUAGAUAAGAAAAUGUCUCUGCCCAUACACUAAUCUUUGAAAGCAACACUUUCAUACUUGCAUCUCACAGGCGUUGAAAGGCAUUCUGAAUGAUGUAGGAAAUUGUUUUAGCUGGUUGAGAGACAGACAGAGCGCAUGGAGAAAAAUUCCGAUCUUUCAUUAUAAAAACAAAAAUGUGGUCUGUUUUGAAUAUUCUUGCAAACUUGAUCAGAAUAUGAAAACCACACAAAGAUCUGCGAUUGGCUUCCUUGGAAAUACAUAACUAAACCUUCCGGACAGAAAAGUCUUUACUUUGAAUAUUCAGAGAAAGGCAGACAUUCAUUUUUGCAAAUAUCUGUCAACAUUGCCAUGAAGCCAUCCUGUUUUUUGCAUAAAGAGCCCACGGACCUAUAAACUUUACCAGUAACAUAAUAGGAGUGGGUGUUGACUUACUUUAGAUUUGCCUAUCAGUAAUCUUGGUUGAGUUUCCUUUCAGAGCCAUACAUAGACACGCACAGUCCACAGAGCAGCAUCACCAUGGAAAGGAUCUGGCUGGGUGUCUUGUAUCUCUCAGGCUGGCACAUCUCCUCAUGCUUUCUCCGUCAGUACCACUAUGUUGCUGAUCCAAAGACUUGGACUGAAGCUCAGGCCUACUGCAGAGAGAAAUACACAGACCUGGCCACCAUUCAGAACUCUACAGAAAUGGACCAACUUGCCGACACAGUUUCAUCUUCUGGCCACAACUCUGACGUCUGGAUUGGUCUGUACAGUGUAGUUGACUGGAGGUGGUCAGACGGCUACAAUGGGAGUGGAGCGGAAUAUAGGAACUGGCAAAACCGUAUUGACAACGAACCAGACUUUUACUCAUUCCAUCAAUUCUGUGUGAACAUUGGAAGCGCCGGAGGGUGGUGGGAUGAUUCAUGCUCAAUAUCCUACCCAUUUAUCUGUUACAGAGGAACACAGCUGGAGCCUCAGUUUGUUUUAGUCCCGAAUGGAAAGAAUUGGUCCGAUGCUCAGAGGCACUGCAGGGAGAACUUCAUAGAUCUGGCCACUGUGAGGAGCGGCACUGAGAACCAGGAGAUCCACAGCUUGGUGCCGAGUGAUGCCUGGGUGUGGAUUGGUUUGUCCAGAGACCCCAACAUGUACUGGUCAGAUGGGAGUGGCUACACAUAUAGCUUCUUGUCCACAGGUUCAAUCAACAUUAGCUCGACGAGCGUCAUAUGUGGUACAGCUCAGCAGAAAUCAGGAAAGCUGAGGCACUGUGAAUCUAGAUUUCCAUUUGUCUGCUACAGCGUCCCUCCACCUCAUGAGUGGUUUACUGUCCUUCAGUGGAAGAGAGGGCAUUACAUUAGAAUAAGUGCACCUCUAAUGAGACAGGUGGUAAAGCUGAGGAUCGAGCCAGACGCCCCCUCUGUGGAUAUGAAUGACCCUGCUGUGAAAGCAAACAUCCUAAAAAAGCUCCAGGACAGGCUGAAGGAGAAAGGAAUGAGUGGAGUCACCCUGAAGUGGAGAGAGCAGCCCGAUGGGAAAGUCUUCCACAAGGAGAAAAAAAGUUCACGGAAGAAAACUGAGCUCUGAAACUAAAGUCCAACUUUACUUCUGUUUAUCUGACACCUUUGGUGAAUGGGGAUUCUCUGUAGUACACUUUUGUAGCAGCUAUGUGAAAUAUUUUAAUGGAAUGUAAUGAUGUUGAGCACGGGCAGAGCCGGAGGUUGUAAACAUCUGGGGCUCAGCCAAAACCUAGGGGGCCCAGGGGCAUGCUACUACAGGGAAAUUUUUUUCCCCAUUACAGCAGCUAAAGUAUAUGCUCUAUUUUCAAUCAACUUAAGAUCAUAGAAGACCUAAAAAUCUGUACAUAAAUUGGGCAAAAUAUGAUAGUUUCCAAGGAACAAAAUAUAGGGUUUAACACGGCAAAUGUUGUGGAUGACUCAUUUUUACGCCUGCCACCUAAAGAGGCAAACAUUGUCUGAUGUCACUAUUUAGGGUAGAAACUUGGUGUAAAAAGCAUUACUAAUCUUGAAACCUAUUUUUGUUGUGAAACUGUGCUGGAGUGGAGUUCACACAAUGCAUCAGAAUCAGAAUCAGAAAACCUUUAUUGUCCCUUGCAAGAAGCAACGGAAAUUCGUCUUUGACGUGCUCACAAAUGUACAUAGAAUAAAAACACAAGUUAAAACACAGUUUAAACAUAGAACAUCAAUGCAGAAUAAAUACAGUGAGGACAUUAAAAGAUUUCAUUGUGAGUUGUUGAUGAUGCUGAUGGCGGAUAAAAUGAAUGAUUUUUUGACUAAGUUUGUUCUUGUUCGAGGGAGCCUGUAUCUACGGUCUGAAGGAAGGAGUUGAAAUGAGCUGAGGAGCGGAUGUGAAGGGUUGUGUAUGAUGGUGGCGGCUUUCUGUCUGACUGCCUGAGUGUGGAGGUCUAAGAAAGAGGACUGUGUGAUGCCUCUUAUUUUACUUGCAUGUUUGAUGACCCGUGACAGUUUGGAUUUGGUUAGCUAAUAAAGCUGCUACAUUCAAAUCCAUGAGAUAAUAAUCUGGGUUGUUCUAAUUUCAAAUCAGGGACAUUGUCCCUGAUGUUUAGGCAAUUUCAAAUUUAGUCAGAAUCUGUCAGCUCAGUUAAGAGUUUUUUUUUUCCGAUUCAUGGUCAUCACUGUGUCAUUAUAUCUUUUGGAUGACCACUGACAGUGAACACACAUCAUCUUUUUAAAUUGCAAAUUAAUUGAGCGCUUCAGGUACCUGCGAGGGAAUUAAAGUGCAACACUGCCCUCUUCUGUUUGUAUGAGUUUAUUACUAUAUUGCCUUUAAAAAAACAACAUAUAUGGGGCUGCAAUUACUGUGUACUGUUAGUUUUAAUAUCUUCAGAAACAUUUUCAACAUCUGAGUGCGGUUAUUUAUAAUCCCUGUUACAUAUAUUACAAUUUAUAAUAGCAGAGCCCUGCACUGAAUGUAUACAUAAUAUUCUUGUACAAUAUGCUACAAUAAAAUAAUUAAUAAAUGUCUUGUCCAACACGCCGAACCAUCAGAUAUUUUUGUUGACACAAAUACUAAUGUAUCUCAUGGUGUGACAUUAGGCUUAAUGUCAUCUCUGGGCUCACGGAUGGCAUUUAUGUGACGGGUAUUUCAUAUAGAGUGAUGUGACGUGACUGGAGAAUUAUUGAUUUUGAUUGUAGAAUAAUGCUGACUUAAAUAUUUAUUUUGCCUUACAAUGACAUACUAUCAAUAGCACAUAAUGUUCUACAUGCAAAUAUGUGACAA